AUGCAAACGGAGAAGGAUUCGGACAUAUCGAUCAACUUGUCGAAAUUCUUCUUGCGCAAUGUCGGCCUGUGGAGGGCUGAGAAUCACGCGGAGAAUCGUAAAAGGAAAGCGUUGGUCGCCUACACGAUUUGGAACAUGUUUUUGGCCAUAGUGGUUGAAACGAGAGAUAUGUAUUUCACCUGGUUCUAUAAAGGCGAUAUUCUUUACGUUAGUACCAACUUACUGAGCGUGAUCUUAACUACGAUCAAGCUAACUGUCGUACUAAUACACAAAGUGGAAUUCAUGAGUCUGAUUGAUUACAUGUACGAACAUUUCUGGAACGUGGAUUACGAUCUUCACGAGAAAAGAAUUAUGGAUAAUUGUAAAAAAACUUGCAUCAUCUUCACUUCAAGCGUCACUACCAUUGGCAUAUGCGCUAUAAUAUCUUACAUAGCGACACCGUUUAUCAUGCACAGUCAAAGCAACAAAUCUGAAAGAGCGUUUCUGUUCGACAUGUGGCUCAAUUUACCUCUGACUGUUUCGCCUUACUACGAAGGAAUGUUGGCUGUACAGAUUUCAGGACUGUAUUUCACAGGAAUCUGUUAUUUCUGCUUCGACAAUAUUUUCUGCAUCAUGAGCGUGCAUUUGAGUGGCCAGUUUCGCAUACUUCAGUAUAGAUUGACGAAACUGUCCGACGUACAAUAUCAGAUAAGCGAGAAAAAUAUGGAAUCUGUAUUGGAAGACUGUACACGUAGAUCUUACGAGAAAUUUAAGAGUUACGUUCGACAGCAUCAAACGUUGAUCGAUUAUUACGAGAAGCUUGAACACGUUUACACGAAAAUUAUACUUGGGCAAGUGUUACUGUUCAGUGUGUUAAUUUGCCUCUUUGGUUAUCAGAUAUUAUUGGCUAAUACUUCUCUUGCAAGGCGCAGUAUUUUCAUGUUCCUCAUAUGUGGCGCCAUGGUUUUAUUGUUUAUGUUCACCUACAGCUGCAAUAUGGUGAUAGAACAAAGCGAUAAUAUUGCUUUUGCGGCGUAUUCGGCACUAUGGACGGGUAUGCCAAUGAACAAAACUGGCAAAAAGCUACGGCAUGAUUUGAUAAUGGUCAUUGGGAGGUCUAGACGAGUUUGUUGUCUGACUGCGAAUGGAUUUUUCCCUGUGUCCUUAGAAACUUAUACUACGAUUUUGAGUACCGCGGCGUCGUACUUCACAUUAUUGAGAAAUAACGUAGAAGAUUUUUCUAAUAAUCCGAUACGAAGCGUGUCCGAGUGCAGCAGCGGUUUGAUUAUUACCGGAUACGAUAUGAGUAGUUUCACCACCGAUGACAUAUCAAUCAGCCUGACGUCCGUUUUCAUGAAGAUCGUUGGACUGUGGAUGGCGUCGAACCGUUUCGAGCAACGAGUACGAAAUAUCACGCUGUGUUACACGCUGAUCGCGAUUCUCUUCGCCCUGUGGAUACAAAUGACGGAUUUGUAUUACUCGUGGGGAGAUUUUGGUGCCUGUUUAUAUACUGCAUGCAACAUUUUAUCGUUAACAAUACCGUUUCUCAAGAUACUCGUCUUGCUUGCACACAAAAAUGAUUUUUUUCAUUUGAUUCUGCACCUACAACGAGAAUUCUUGCAUGCAGAUUACGACGACUACGAGAAAAAGAUUUUGCUCGGUUGCCAACGUCAAUGUACCUUCUUCGUUUGUUUCUUCACACUUUUCACUAAAGGAACUGUUAUCUCGUACAUCGUUAAUCCGCUUAUUGCAAAUAUUGGAAAAAAUGAGUCAGAGAGGAUACUUCCAUUUAAUAUGUGGGUCAACUUGCCAUUAUCAAUGACGCCAUAUUACGAAAUAACUUUUUCAUUACAGGUUCUGUCUCUGUACCAUAUUGGCGUGAGUUAUUUCUGCUUCGACAAUUUUUUAUGCAUCAUGAACUUGCACGCGGCUACUCAGUUUCGAGUAUUGCAAUACCGAAUGGCGAAUAUGACCGAUUUAAAGGACAAAGAGAGGAAAGAGAGAAAUAUGAAGACAAGUGUGAGUUCGGCGUGCUUUGCAACAGAAUGUUACAACGUUCUCAAAGAUUAUAUCAGACAGCAUCAGAACCUGAUUGCUUAUUGCAACAAACUCGAGAAAGUGUUCAAUAUCAUUGUUCUGGGGCAAUUGUUAAUGUUCAGCAUGUUGAUCUGUCUCGAUGGAUUUCAGAUACUUAUGGCAAAUACACCUACCAGAACCCGACUGAUUUUCAUCUUUCACAUAGGAGCAUGCAUGUGUCAAUUGCUGAUGUUUACCUACAGCUGCGACUGCAUCAUAAGAGAAAGCACGAGCACCGCCGAGGCGGUGUACAGCGGUCCCUGGACACUUUUACCAAUGAGCGCAGACGGAAAAAUGAUAAGGAAAGAUUUGAUGCUCGUUAUCAUGAGAUCGAGCGUACCUUGUUGCUUGACAGCCAGAGGAUUCUUCGUCGUGUCUUUAGAAACGUACACAGGGGUUUUAAGCACCGCAGCCUCAUACUUUACGUUGCUGAAGCAAAGAUCAGAGAAUGCCGACAGUUCGUGA